GCCUACCCGUUCACACUUGCCUUGUUCGGUCGUGUCCUUCCCGUUCUCCUCCUCGCCUCCCUCUCGUCCGUACGUCGUCGUCGCCGCCUGGCUCGCACCGCCGACAGCGCCUCAGCCCAGAUCGAGCCCCCCUUUCCCAAAUCGGGUUCUAGUUGGCUUCGCCAUCGCCGCCGCCCCACACCAGGUGCCGAGGCCUUGGCCGAUCUCUUCGCCGGCGAAGUGCGGCCAGCAGAUCCGCCCCUGGCCGCCGCCCUACACCAGGUGCCGAUGCCUUCGCCGAUCUCUUCGAAGGCGAAGAGCGCUCAGCAGGUACAGUGAUUUGAGAUUCCAUACUACCUGUAGCUUCAUGGUUUCAAGACCAGGUUGUUUUCACUUGAGGUUGUGUUCAAAAUGUUAGUGGUAUGAAAAUUGCCUCAAUUGGGGGCAAUGGCAUCUAGUACAAAAUCCGAUUUAGUGUCUGGUAGCCCUGAUGGGCAUGGAUACUUCAAUGCACAACGUGGGUCCUAUGCAGCUGCUUCAUUGGAAAGGUCAGGAAGCUUCCGUGAAGGUGGUGAUGGCUAUGCGAUGUUUUCAGCAUCAAGCUCAUCAAGGUCAGCUGCAGUGGACUCUAUCAAUCUAGUUCAGUCACUUGCUGUGGACUUGAGACCUGCAACUGUGGAUCACAAAACAUCUCGGUUAGAUCUAAAGAAAUCAAUAAGUUCCAUUUUUGGAACCCCCACAGAAGAUUCAACAUCAAUUCCAUCUCUGGGGAGAAAUUUACCAAAUGCUAUUGAAGAGAUCAGAUGCAUGAAUACUCUUAACGACAAUUCAAAUAAGGCCAGGGAAAGAUCUAGAGCUUUUGGCGGUGCUAUUGCGAAGAUCGAUAAACUUUAUCCCAAUGUUGUGCGAAAACGUUCUCGAGGAGACAGUUCAUCUAAUGAACGGUCUAGUGUGUUAUCAUCCGGAGGAGUUUCCCCUAAAAAUGUUCCUCAGAGCCAUUUAAAUGCAGAUGAUAUGGAACCUGGACUUCAGAGAGAAGAGAGGACAAAGAAUGCAUGACAAAAUAGGAGAAUACGUACAUCCAUGGUGGAGAUGGAUGCAAGGACAGCUGGUCCAUCAAGAGGCCCCGGACCUACUGAUAGAAUUUCAGAUCCUGGCAAAGCCUCCAAUGGCAGUUCUGCAGUCCCAGAAGAAAAAAUCAGAGGUUUGGCAACUACUAUUGAUGGUUGGGAAAAGCCAAAAAUGAAGAAAAAGCGUUCUGCCAUUAAGCCGGAUAUGUCACUGUCUGGUGUUUUGAGGACUGUUGAUGUAGACCGAGAGUCAAAACAAGGCAUGCAACACAAGUUUAGUAAUGACGGCAGGGCGAGCCUGACAAGUUCUCCUAGUUUCAGGUCUGGAACUGUUGCAUCUGGCACAAUUAAAACAGAUUUGCUUUCUACACAAAAUGGUCUUGUUGUGCGACCCUUAAAUAGGAGUGACCAAGACAGUGGUUUCCAUCCUAUUAACAAAAGGGAACGUCAAGUUGCUUUAGAUAAAGAAACACCCAAUCCAAGAACAAUUAACAAGCCUAGUGAAGACGACAGUGGAUGUAAUAUUGCAUCAUUACCGAAGGCGAAUGGUUCUGCAUGGGGACCCCGAUCAAAUUCAGGGUCAAUAUUGAAGUCAUCUCCAAACAUUUAUCGAUCACAAGCUAGUUCUGAUGAUUGCGAACGUCCUUCUGGUUUGCUGGACAGUCCUAUCAAUGAAGAUUGUGCAGGUCUACCAAGGCGUGCAUCUGUAAAUGGUCUUCAACAAACAAAACGAGAUCAUGGGCUCUCAACUGGAUCUGAAGGUGAUGAGCCUGUUGUUGCUGAGAAAAAGCUAAGGGACAAGGGCAAAAGGGCUGGUGAACUGGAUGAUGGGCAUGGCUCUGGUUUUCAGAAGAUUGCUAUGCUUGGGCAUCCUUACAAAAGGAAUAAGUUGUCUGCCGAUGAGGAUAUUGGAGAUGCCGCAAGGAGACAAGGAAGAGUUGGGCGGGGUUUUACUCCGACCAGGCCUGGCACUCCUGUAUCCAUUGACAAGCUUGAAAAUGCUCCAACUACAAAACAAAGAAGUGUGAGGACAGUCUCAGAGAGAACUGAGAGAGGUAAUGCACGGCCUAGGCAUACAAGUAGCAGUGUGCAGUCAGACUCUCCUGUGCAAUCUGAAGAUGAUCAUGAGGAACUUCUUGCUUCAGCAAAUGCUGCCCUGAGAUCUGCUUGUGCAAGCUCAUUCUGGCGGCAGGUUGAACCUUUCUUCGCCUUUUUGACUGCAGAAGACAUCACAUAUCUUAGUCAACAGAUACAUUUGCCAGACGAUUCCACCUCAAGUAGGUCAAUGGAAGGGGAUGAAUGCCAAAAAUAUAAGGGUGGUCUUGAAUACAUUUCACAGCCCUCAACUCCAGCCGCUAGCAACAAAGAUGAUCACGCUGCCCUUCCAAAUGGUUUUGGCUUGAAUCAGUUGGAUAAUGGCAUGGGGGUCGGCUGGGAGGCAAGCUGCAUAGAACCUAUCCUCGAUCAACUUGUCCAUGGGAUUGGGGUACCGGGAUGGCCUUCAGUUGGCCAAAGACUUAUUCAAGCAUUGAUCGAUGAAGAGAGGAUUGAUAGUAUUACCAACAACACUUACGUAAGCGAGGGAUAUGCAUUUGAUACACAUGAAAUUCAUUUUGAUGAAGGAGGAUGGAAGUCUUACUCAAAUAACUAUAAGUUAGGACCUUUAAUGAAUUUUGAAGCUCCAAGGAGGGGCCCAAAUGGUCUGAUAAUGGAUUCUGACUGGAAAUAUAAUGAUGAAGUGUCACAUAAAAGUGGCAAUGUCAUGGAUAAAGCCAAGGUGUGGCCUGAGUUUCAGUACAGUGAGAUGUGCUUCAGUGAUAGGAUUAUCAUCGAGCUGAGUGAAGUUGGUGUAUCUAUUGAACUUGUGUUUCAGCAGCAGAACAGCAAGGAUAUGGAGUGUGGGACAAGAAUAUGGAGUUCUGGACAGUUCAAACAUCAAAUCUCACAACCUGAUCUUGCACAGAGUGAGGACGAGGAUAUUAAUGCUGAAAUCUGUAAAUUAGAAGGCCAACUUCAUAAAGAGGUUGUGGAGAAGAAAAACUUGCUAUUGAAACUGGAUGGCAUUGUUACAACUGCAAAAGAAUCUCAGCAGAGGGAAUUCUCACGGCUCGCCAUGGAUAGACUUCUCCUGAGAGCAUAUGAGAAAUAUAUGGCCUUCUGUGGUCCAAAUGUUUUAAGCAGCAAAAAUGUUAGUAGAGCUGGCAGACAUGCUGCUCUAAGUUUUGUCAAACGAGUACUUGUGCGAUGCCAAAACUAUGACGAGACAGGGACAAGUUGUUUUGAUGAGCCUACUUUCAAGGAUAUGUUUUUAUCAGCGACAUCUCACAGAAGCAGUCCAGAUGCUGCUUCACAAGAUAAUCAUACAACAGUGAAACCAGUCCACAGGGCCAGUGCAUCAGAUGCUUCGCGAGGAAGCAGUCACCUGUCAGACCUGUCAUUUGUAAAGGAGGACCCCUGGACAAACAAUGUAAAACAAAGGGAAUUGUUACUCGAUGAGGUUGUAGGUAGCAUAACAGGAGGAGCUUUGAAAACCUCAGGCCUUGGUACUUCCCUUGUCAGCAAUACGAAAGGAAAGAGAAGUGAGAGGGACAGGGAAGGGAACGGGCACAACCGAGACAGUCUUAGGUCUGGCCGUCCAUCGUCAUCCAAUGCAAAAGGUGAAAGGAAGAAUAAAACAAAGCCCAAACAGAAGACAGCCAACAUCUCUGCUCCUUCAAGCAGUAACCCUAGGGAUCCACAGCUUCCAGCCAAAAUAACGCCUCCCAGCAAUGGCAAGGACAGCACAGCAGCUCCAGCUGCUGCUAGACAUGAUGAUCCGGCAAAUGCUUCAAAUGAUGCCGAAAUGCCGGACUUAUCUAACCUCGAGCUGCCAGGAAUGGACGUUGACUUUGGUGGCUGGUUAAAUCUGGAUGACGACGAUGGACUCCAGGAUCUCGACUUGAUGGGCCUCGAGAUCCCCAUGGAUGACAUCAACGAAAUAAACCUCAUGAUAUAGCCGUACAUUUUCAUUCUCAGCGGGCCCACCCAUAGAAAAGCUCCCUAUAGUGCACAAGUAACAUGUGAUUUUCUCACAGUAACCACCAACCAUCAGUUUUAACACCAGGCCGGUUUGGCUUCAGUUAGUUUUGAUAAAAAAAGUUUAUAGAGACAUCUUGACAAUCCUUACAACCACAUGUUCUUUUUGUACCAGCGUGUAAUUUGCCUCCCUACCUUGUACCCUCUGGUCUUCUGUGUGUGUAGACGUCGGUGUACAUAUCUAUUUUGGUGCUGUACAAGGUAGGGAUGCUAGUUACUCCAUUUAUCCAGGUGUACUCCAAAGGUUGUAUAUAUCAGUAAUAUCAGUAUCACCAUCAUCAUAUAUUCUUAGUGCUGAAAUAAAGCGCGCCAAUUAUACCUC